UUAUGUUUAAUUUUAUAAUUUUCUUUUUGUUUUUUCUAGUGUUACUUUGCUUCAUGCUCUACACGCCAAUGACAUGUUUGUUAAAUUGCCUAACAGAAAAUGGUGUUCUGGAGCUGGGGUCGGCCAUCUCCACAAGACCAAAAGGCUUGCAUAAAAAAUACCACAUUCUUAACAGGUCAGGUACUUUCAACUAUGAUAUUAAAUUUAAAGGGGCUACUGCUAAAUCAUUGUCUUCCCUUGAACAAGAUGAAGGGUUGUCCAAAGAUGGGUUUUUACUUAACAACAAACGAGUUCUGUUAGGUUCUGGUGUUGAGACUUUUGAGAAGAGCAAGGCUGCCCUCAAAAGUUGGAGUCAUUUGGGGUUGGAUUGGGCAUUUGUUGAUCCAAAGACAACAAUUAAAGAAGGAGAGAAGUUUUGUGUUUGUGUGAAGGAGUUGCUGCCAUGGGUGAUGAUGCCUCUUCAGGUUGUGUAUGUUAAUGAAAGUAGAAAGAGAAAAGGUGUAGCAUCCUUUGGUUUUGGAAGUGGAACUCUUCAUGGUCACUUACUGGCAGGCGAAGAGCGAUUCUCGGUGGAGAUCGACGAGAAGAAUGAAGUGUGGUAUGAAGUACUUUCUUUCUCAAAGCCUGCACAUGCCUUAUCAGUUCUUGCACUCCCAUAUGUCAAGCUUAGACAAAAUUAUUUUGCUCAUGAAUCUGCCAAACUAAUGCAGAACCAUGUCAUUACUUCUUCAAAAUAGUGGCAACGAUUUGAAAGUUUUGGCAUACAUUUUAUUGCUGGAAAUCCAUCAGAGAAAUUGAUUACAUUAUGAUUCCAUGGAUUCUUAAACUUGGGAUCAAAAUUAUUGUUGAUAGCAAUGAAAUGAUGGUUUC